AUGGCUCCUCCAACCACCAUUCCCAACUUGUUCAUGUCUGACUUCGGUCUGAACACCGACGACAUCAAGUAUUUCCAUAUGGAUUCUCACAUCCAAGGACGUGGACCAAACCGUCUGAAGCACCUCGAUAUUGAGGGAAGAUGGAUUCUUUCCGGAAAGAGCAUCCCGUUCAUCUCGGCUGCCUUCAAUCAUCUAGAGAGACUGAACGACGCUCAGGUUCCGAUCAGAGAUAUCAAGGAAGAACCGAUUGAUGCCAUCGGAAUGGUCGGAUGGACCAAGUCGUCCACUCCAGUCGAGGUCGACGUCGAAGUGAAGGAAGAAAAGAAAGUGCCGAAGAAGUUCGUUCUCCAGCCACCAGUCUUCGUUGAUGAUGAAGUCCCACCAAGCCCAAGAGAAGUCGUUCCACAUCGCUCUGCCGGCUACGGUAGGAACUACUCUUAUAAGAAAACAUUUCACCUUUAUUUGCCUUUCAGGACCAGCCCAUCAGAAGAGAAAGUUGUCGAUCCCAGACCGCUCCAGAAGUGUUUCGCCAGCGCGCACCGAGACUCCAUCCCAAACUGUCUUCGACAAAUACGCUAAAUACGAGAGACACCGCAAAGGUUACCUUUCUUCCGAUUCUGAUUACGAAAGUAGCUCUGACGUGGAAUCUGAGCAGCCUAGACUAAUUGACUGGGAAGGACAGUUGUGGGCGUUAGCUGAAACCAAAGUCACUGUCAUUCGAAUUGUAGAAACAGAAUAUUAUCUUGAAUAGUCGAUUAUCUUUAAUAAAUCUUUAGGAAAGUACUUUCUUUACAACAAAGUGUAACAUUACAGACUCGAUCACCAGAUACGGAACCAAGUGGGGAGAUGCCGGAUACGUCUCGCACAGCCCAUCGCCAACCGGUGAGAUUCAUGAGGAAUAUCAAUACUCUCGUCAAUAUUACCUCUGAACCCAUUCAAUCGCCCCCAUCGCUUUUUCAUAUAUUGAGUUUUGCUUGCCUUUUGACGUACUUGCUCAAAAAUUUUGCAAUUUGCUCAAAUUGUAGAAUGGUAUAGUAAUGAAGAGAUUCUAGACAAAGACCCCUCGCAUUCUCAGUUCACAAACCAUUAAAAACGGAUUAUUUGCAGGUGAUGAGCCACAAAACCUGCCACAUCGAACUCAAGCUCUUUCUCCGCGCCCCGCUUCUAGAACUCGCCAGUAUGACAGCGACUACAGUCCGGAGUUUUUGAAGAAAGGUAAACUUGGAAGGGGUUUUUGAGGUUUAGGGUCUAACUUCCGAGUUCGGAUGCCAAACAAAAAACCGAGAGCCGUCGCUAAAUAGUAACAUUAGAAGAAAUGUAAACAGUCCAUUCAGUCGUAAUUUCGUUUUUUUUCCUACUCGCUACCGCAAACAUUCCUUUCUUCCGAUUCGAACUCGGAAACGGCAAAAAAACAGAAAACAGAGUCACAUUUUCUGCAGACUCCGCGAGCAGCGGAAAUGAACUGAAGGUGUUGACAAAGAGCAUCAAGGGGGACUAUGUGCCGUACAGAACCACUGGAUACGGAGCCUACCACGUCAAGAGACAGUACGAAUUGAGCCCAAGAUCAGUGGGAAGUGAUUAUGCGACUAGCAGCGGGUAAAUAAUUUAUCCCCGGAAUGCAUGGACCUAACCUUUACCCAUUCAGAUCGGAGCAAUCGUCUCCAAUACCGGCUAGACGCGAAAGAUCGGCCGAUGAGAUCAUUCUGACUGCGUACCACGCGUCCAAGAAAACCACAGACUCGUCGCGUCCGCAACGCGAGAACUGGAUCCGCCAAUAA